AUGACGGUAGAAGACGACGAAGAUCCAUUGGAAAGUGAUGAGGAAGAUGACAUUGACUGGGAGACAAUACAGCUUCCUCCCAGAUUUGAUCCUUCACAGGCAAGCACAGAAGAAACAUACAAAGAUGUAGAAAUUGUAAUGGAAGCACCCUUACCUGUGCUCAAAAAACCCAAGAAAUCAAAUUGGAGGAUAGUCUAUGAAAGAAAUCUCCGCGAUUGGACACAUAAUGCACACAUUGUAUUACUCAUUGCUCAUUACUCACUUCGAAAUAGCUGGUGCUCUCGUGAUGAAACCAUGUCUGUAUUGGCAUCCAUUACACCAGAUCAUGCUAAAACUUUACUUUCAAAAGACUCAACCCAAGAAAAUUUAAUCAGGGGUAUCAAAUGGUUACUUACAUGGUGGCAUACCUAUUUCACUAUAUCAGGGCCAGGUUUAUUCACUAUUCCAGCGACAGAAUCCCCCGCACAGGAACCAUACAUUCAUACCUUUGAAGAUUUUUUACAACUUAGAUCAGGUACACGCGAUACAAGUGCUCAGUUAUUCGUUGCUCUCCUAAGAUCUUGUGGUUGUGAAACUAGAUUGGUAUGUUCUUUACAACCUGUAUCUUACAAACCUCCCGUCAUCAAACGUAUAAGCACCACAGAUGAUGAUGAUGACGAUCCAGAUCUUGCUACCGUCACUAACUUUGAAUUCAAAGCACCCUUCAAACCUUACAUCGAUCCUGAUCAUCAAUGGAAACAACCCAAGGCAAAACCUCCCAUCAUUUGGGCUGAGGUCUAUUGCAAACAAACUCAAACUUGGAUCUGUGUGGAUCCUAUUCGUGCUCACGUUAAUAAACCGGGUCUCAUGGAACCUCUCUCCUUGGACCGUCAUAAUCAUCUAUCCUUUAUCCUAGCAUUUGAAAAAAACUCGGGUAAACGUCGUGGAAAUAUCGUGGAUGUCACUAAACGAUAUACCCGGAAUAUGAUGAAGGCGCUCAAGGAAAGAGAGAGACCUUUAUCCAUGCGAGAAAAACAAGCGGGUGAAAGACUUUGGUCUGACACCUUUUUGGGCCAUCUCUCUCGAAAAAACACUCUCAAUGAAAGAGAUUUGCUGGAACAAGAGGAAUUGCAGUUACUGGAAGUAGACGAUGUAAUGCCUACUUCUAUUGGAGCCUUUAAAAAUCACCCAUUGUAUGCCCUCGAACGCCAUUUAAAAAGAAUGGAAAUCUUGUAUGAAAAAGAACCUGUCUUGGGUUAUAUCAAAGGUGAAAAGGUAUACGCUAGACAAUGUGUUCGUUCCUUAUCCACUGCAGAUACUUUUCGAAGAGCUGGCCGAGAAAUCAUGGAAGGAGAGCAACCCUUAAAAAUGGUCAAGGCACAGGGUAGUACAAUCAAUACAAAACGUUUACAAGAAAGAGCAAAAGGAGAAGGCAAUGAAUUACUCGUGCCGUGUUACGGUGAAUGGCAAACGCGUUUAUAUGUCCCACCACCUCUAGUCAAUGGCAAAAUUAUCAAGAAUGCAUUUAACAACAUUGAUCUUUUUAAACCCACUAUGUUACCAAAGGGUGCAGCUCAUAUUCCAAUCAAAGGUAUUGCAAGGAUGGCAAGAAAAUUUGGUAUCGAUUAUGCCGAAGCUGUGGUCGAUUUUGAAUUUAAAAAACUAAAAGCUGUGCCAGUCAUGGAUGGUAUUGUCAUUGCCCAAGAAAACAAGCAGAUUUUAUUAGAGGCAUGGGAAGAAUACGAACAGACAGAAGCAAGGAAAGCCAUUGCCAAACAAGAAAAGGAAACACUUUUACGCUGGCGAAAGCUCAUCAAGGGAUUAAUCAUCAAGGCUAGAGUAGAUACAGAAUACAGCCAAGACGUAUGGGAUGGCUAUGACAACGAUGGUGAUGCACCAGGAGGCUUUCUUCCUGAGGAAGAAUAA